AUGAGCGGCCUCAUUCAGGGAACAUCUGUCUCUGCUUCUGUCUUUACCCUAGUGGCUAUUGCCAUGGACAGAAACAGGUACCAGGCUGGGGAAAAGUUAAUACAGAUUAGUUUUGCUUCUGCUAAUUCGGUUUCCACCUCUACCUCCUCCAGAUUCCACUGCAUUGUUCUGCCUUUCCGAGAGAGGCUCAGUCUUCCAAAGGCUGCAGUGAUUAUUAUUGUGGUGUGGUCGCUCUCCAUAGCUAUUAUGUGCCCUUCAGCCAUCAUGCUCACCGUUGGUCGCUUGGAAGACCACUACAUGGUGCUUGGUAAUGGCAAGAAUACCACGUACCCCCUCUAUACCUGCUUUGAAGCUUGGUCAGACAACAGCAUGAGAAAGCUCUACACCACUAUUCUCUUUGUCCAUAUCUAUUUGGUGCCCUUGACCCUCAUUGUCUUCAUGUAUGGAACGGUUUGCCUAAAGCUUUGCAGUUCUACUGUGCCAGUCCCUGAAUAUCUCUCUUGUGCUGGCAGAACCAAUGGUACCUCCAAAAAGAGAAUCAAAGUCAUCAAGAUGCUAAUCUUGGUUGCUCUCCUCUUCAUGAUCUCCUGGUUACCUUUGUGGACUCUAAUGCUUCUGGUGGAUUACGUGGAUUUGGCUGACAAUCAUCUGAACUUGUGA